AUGCGUCGACCGGAGAUUAAUACCACACGCCUUCCCAAGCAGCUGCGCGAUGAACUGGGGCUGAAGGAUAACCGUGAAAAUGCCAGGUCGAACAGAGGACGGGGGAAGCCUUUGAGCAGGAAAGAAAGGCGAAAAGAGGAACGGUCACAGAAGAAACUGCAUCACCAGCAACCACGAAAAUCGGUACAGCGACAAGAGCCUGCUCGGAAUUAUAGUAUGGAGGUGUCUUCGGAUGAUGAUGAUGACGAUGCUGGAGAUGGAGGCUUACGAGAAGCUAUACCAGCGAAAGGAGAGCCUAAAUCUGUCCUGAAGAAACGGAAGCGGAACGAUGAACCCCAGAGGGAUACAAGGAAAAGUGAAAAUGGGAACGCCUCACAUCCUCCCGAGCGCAAAAUACCUCGUGCCGUUCAGGAGAAGCUUGAGGAGGACGACAGGGAAAUCGCUCGAUUAGAGAAAGCUUUGGGCCUUAAGGGGAAAAAGAAGCUCCCAAAAUCCUUCGAAGAGGAUGGACUAGCUGACAUUCUGGGGGGCCUGGGAGGGUACGGCUCUGAGACUGACCUCGAGCAGCGCAAGAAAGACAGCGAUGAAUGGUUAAAGAGUAAAAGGAGGAAGGUCCAGGCACAAGCUCAAAUAAACCUCGGUGAAGAAUCCGACGGGAGCAACGAAGGCUUCAAUACCGAGGACGAGGAAGAUGGUAUUGGAGAUGAUGAUGAAGAUUUGCUAGAGGAGCUUGACGACAGCGAUGAAGGCAGCAAAUCGGACAACAAGGAUGAAUUUGAAGGCUUUGAAGAUGAUGAGCCUCCAAAGCAAAUAAGAGAAAACCCCUAUGUCGCCCCUGUAACUUCCUCCAGCAAGGACCAGCCAAAAUAUAUUCCACCAUCUCUACGCGCUGCAGCCUCUACCGAAUCAGAGGCGCUCAUUCGCAUACGUCGUCAAAUGCAGGGCCAGCUCAACAAGCUAUCCGAAGCCAACCUGAUAUCCAUACUCUCGGAAGUGGAAAAGAUGUAUCAAGACCACCCUCGCAAAAACGUUACAUCAACUCUCAUCGACCUUCUACUUGCUUUGAUAGCAGACAGGAGCACCCUGAAUGAUACCUUUGUCAUCCUUCAUGCUGCCUUCAUAUCCGCUGUAUACAAAGUGGUUGGAAUGGAUUUCGGAGCAGAGCUUGUCCAACGUGUUGUGGAGAAGUUUGAUGAAAUCUACGAGAAUAAAGAUGCCGGCAACCGUUCCUCUAAUGGAAAGGUCAUGUCGAAUCUAAUAUCUUUGCUUUCUCAUCUAUAUAAUUUUCAUGUUAUUGGAAGCAGUUUGGCGUUCGAUUAUAUUCGUCUCCUACUAAAGGAGAUCAAUGAAUUGAACACCGAAUUGCUUCUGAAAAUCAUUAAGAGUUCUGGAUCUCAAUUGAGACAAGAUGACCCGUCUGCACUUAAGGACAUUGUAAUGAUGGUUCAACCUGCGGUAGCCCAAGUCGGCGAGGCGGCAUUAUCAGUUCGCACAAAAUUCAUGAUUGAAAUAAUCACGGACCUCAAGAAUAACCGCCUUAAAACUGGCAUUGCCGGAACAACAUUGGCGUCAGAAUACAUCACCAAGAUGAGGAAAAUCCUCGGAACUCUGAAUAACAGGAAUCUCAGAGCCAGUGAACCCCUUAGGAUCAGUCGCACAGAUAUCCAUAACUCCUCCAAAACGGGAAAAUGGUGGCUUGUUGGCGCAAGCUGGAAAGACGCUUCAAUGAUCAACGACCACACUAAUGAGCAUAGCACGGCUCGCGAUGCAGUUUUAGCGGACACUUUGGAUGACGAUAUCACGGGGGGCGAGGUCGAUUUAGGCCAACUUGCUAAAGCCCAUCGCAUGAACACUGAUGUCAGACGAUCUAUAUUCGUUGCAAUCAUGUCUGCCACAGACUAUCGAGAUGCACAUCUGCGACUGGCCAAGCUCCGAUUGAAGAGGAAUCAGGAAUCGGAAAUUCCCCGUGUGUUGAUACACUGUGCAAUUGAAGAGGAAGCACAUAACCCGUAUUAUACCCUGAUUGCGCGAAAGCUAUGUAGCGAAAAGAAGAUGAGAAUGGGGUUCAUGUUUUCAUUAUGGGACAUCUUCAAAAAGAUGGGGGAGCGAGGCCACCUGGAUGGGGAGGACGGUGACGAUGGCAGUUUCGAUGCCGAAAAUGAUGAAAAUGCACUAAGCACACGAGCUACAUUCAACUUGGCCAAAAUGUUUGCCAGUCUAAUCGCGGAGGGAAGUUUGUCCUUGGGCAUCCUUAAAAUCCUCGACUUCCCGUACCUACAGCCGAAAACCAAGAUGUUUGUCGAAACCCUCUUGAUAACAAUUAUGAUCCAAUCGCAGCAGAAAUCACAUAGAAAGGCUAAAGGGGAUGAAAACGGUGAAACCGGGUACAAUGAAAAAACUCUGAUGGCCAUCUUUAUGAAAACCACAGAGACACCACAAGUCGUUGCAGGACUCCGCUACUUUAUCCGGAAGAUCGUCACCAAAUCUGACGUGGUAUCUUCGAAACGGGAUAAGAAGCUGGUGAAGUGGGCAUGUAAAACUGCACUGGAUACACUGAGUAUUGUGGCCGAAGGAAACUCUAUAGCUUAG